GGAGCGGGAAGGGGAUUCAGAUUGCCGCGCCCCUGUUUUGGUGAGGACCGCGCUCUCAGUCCCCAACUCCAGUCCCUGCCCAUCCUGAGCGCCUAUUCAGCAGCCCCUGGAGCACGACCCUUCGCACUGUGCCACCUUCGCGAUCUUGCCGACGCCUCAGCCGCAGCUCCAAGUCGAACCUCUCAGCACCUCAGCCAGUAGCUGCGAUGCAUGUGAUCAAGCGAGAUGGCCGCCAAGAGCGGGUCAUGUUCGACAAAAUCACUUCUCGAAUCCAGAAGCUUUGCUAUGGACUCAAUAUGGACUUUGUUGAUCCUGCUCAGAUCACCAUGAAAGUAAUCCAGGGCUUAUACAGUGGGGUCACCACUGUGGAACUAGACACUUUGGCUGCUGAAACAGCUGCAACCUUGACUACUAAGCACCCUGACUAUGCCAUCCUGGCAGCAAGGAUUGCUGUCUCUAACUUGCACAAAGAAACGAAGAAAGUGUUCAGUGAUGUGAUGGAAGACCUGCACAACUACAUAAAUCCUCAUAAUGGCAGACACUCUCCCAUGGUGGCCAAGUCAACACUGGAUAUUGUUUUGGCCAGUAAAGAUCGCCUGAAUUCAGCCAUUAUCUAUGACCGAGACUUCUCUUAUAAUUACUUUGGUUUCAAGACUCUGGAGCGGUCCUAUUUGUUGAAGAUCAAUGGAAAAGUGGCUGAAAGACCACAACAUAUGUUGAUGAGGGUAUCUGUUGGGAUUCACAAAGAAGACAUUGAUGCUGCUAUUGAAACAUACAACCUUCUCUCUGAGAAGUGGUUUACUCAUGCCUCCCCCACUCUCUUCAAUGCUGGUACCAACCGCCCACAACUCUCUAGCUGUUUCCUUCUGAGUAUGAAAGAUGACAGCAUUGAAGGCAUUUAUGACACUCUAAAGCAAUGUGCACUAAUAUCCAAGUCUGCUGGGGGAAUUGGUGUUGCUGUGAGUUGUAUCCGAGCUACUGGCAGCUAUAUUGCUGGGACUAAUGGCAAUUCUAAUGGCCUUGUACCUAUGCUGAGAGUGUAUAACAACACAGCAAGAUAUGUGGAUCAAGGUGGGAAUAAGCGACCUGGUGCAUUUGCUAUUUACCUGGAGCCUUGGCAUUUAGACAUCUUUGAGUUCCUUGAUUUAAAGAAGAACACAGGAAAGGAAGAACAGCGUGCCAGGGACCUAUUCUUUGCCCUUUGGAUUCCGGAUCUCUUUAUGAAACGAGUGGAGACUAAUCAGGACUGGUCUUUGAUGUGUCCAAAUGAGUGUCCUGGCCUGGAUGAGGUUUGGGGAGAGGAAUUUGAGAAGCUAUAUGAAAGUUAUGAGAAACAAGGUCGUGUCCGCAAAGUUGUAAAAGCACAGCAGCUUUGGUAUGCCAUCAUUGAGUCUCAGACAGAGACAGGUACCCCGUACAUGCUCUACAAGGAUUCCUGUAAUCGGAAGAGCAACCAGCAGAACCUGGGAACAAUCAAAUGCAGCAACCUGUGCACAGAAAUAGUAGAGUAUACCAGCAAAGAUGAGGUUGCAGUUUGUAACUUGGCUUCCCUGGCCCUGAAUAUGUAUGUCACAUCAGAACACACAUAUGACUUUAAGAAGUUGGCUGAAGUCACUAAAGUUAUUGUCCGUAACUUGAAUAAAAUUAUUGAUAUUAAUUACUACCCUGUUCCAGAGGCAUUCUUAUCAAAUAAAUGCCAUCGCCCCAUUGGAAUUGGGGUACAAGGUCUGGCAGAUGCUUUUAUCCUGAUGAGGUAUCCUUUUGAGAGUCCAGACGCCCAGUUAUUGAAUAAGCAAAUUUUUGAAACCAUUUAUUAUGGAGCCCUGGAAGCCAGUUGUGAACUGGCCAAGGAGCAUGGCCCAUAUGAAACCUAUGAGGGCUCUCCAGUCAGCAAAGGAAUCCUUCAGUAUGAUAUGUGGAAUGUUACUCCUACAGACCUAUGGGACUGGAAACUUCUGAAAGAGAAGAUUGCAAAGUAUGGUGUAAGAAACAGUUUACUUAUUGCCCCGAUGCCUACUGCUUCAACUGCUCAGAUACUGGGGAAUAAUGAGUCCAUUGAACCUUAUACCAGCAACAUCUACACUCGCAGAGUCUUGUCAGGAGAAUUUCAGAUUGUGAAUCCCCACUUACUGAAAGAUCUUACUGAGCGAGGCUUGUGGAAUGAAGAGAUGAAAAACCAGAUUAUUGCAUGCAAUGGCUCUAUCCAGAGCAUACCUGAAAUUCCUGAUGACCUGAAGCAACUUUAUAAGACAGUGUGGGAAAUCUCUCAAAAAACCAUACUCAAGAUGGCAGCUGAGAGAGGGGCUUUCAUCGAUCAAAGUCAGUCUCUGAACAUCCAUAUCGCUGAGCCUAACUAUGGCAAACUCACUAGUAUGCACUUCUACGGCUGGAAGCAGGGUUUGAAGACUGGGAUGUAUUAUUUAAGGACAAGACCAGCAGCUAAUCCGAUCCAGUUCACUCUAAAUAAGGAGAAGCUGAAAGAUAAAGAAAGGGUAUCAAAAGAGGAAGAAGAGAAGGAGAGGAACACAGCAGCCAUGGUGUGCUCUCUGGAGAAUAGAGAUGAGUGUCUGAUGUGUGGAUCCUGAGAAGAAAGGCUCAGAGAGACCAGCACUUCUUUGACAGCCACACUACUGCUUGAUCAUAGAUAGGAGUAGUGAGUUUGCUUGAGGUGGUAAGGCUUGGCUUCAUCUUAUUGUAGAAGAAGGAUCAAUUGAUUUAAUGUACUCUUUCUCAGUUUUGGUAAGGUGACUUAGUUGUGCUGCUUUGACUGGUGGGUCCCUAGAAGCAAAACUGAGUCCUUAUACAUGCAAACAACCCAUCAGAGCCACCCAGGAAAGGCUCUUAAAUUCUCGUUGUCCUCUGACUUGCUCUAGGACCUUUAUCUGGACAAGGUCCUAUAGGUCAUCUGAAAUAAAGAUGAACAUUUCUAAGUGACUGUGUCAGAUUAAUUUUGUCAUGUAUUUUCAUACAAAUGUCAAAUUUGAAAAAAGAAAAUUUUCUGUUCUUUGAGAGUUCAGGAAGGAAAUUUUAAGACAGAUUACUUAAAAUCUAUAUAGAAUUCUGACUUUAAUAUAUGCCUUUUUCCUCUUUUUAACACAUGCAUGUGUACAAACAAACACAUACUGAUCCCUUAUUGUUAUACUUAACUGGUGCUCUUUUUGAGUGUGGCUAGUUUCCCAUUUCUGAUAUGGAGAAGUAUCAUUAGCACCUUUAGUUUGUAAAAUGCACCCCAAAUUUUCAUGGAGUUUUUAAAGAAAAUUAUGGAAUGUUCUUUAAAUCUCCUUUCUCUAUUGCUUCAGUGGUUUUCAUGGAUUUUUUUGAUGACUUGUGUUCAGUGUUCUAUAUCUCAGAAUAUAACCUACGUUAAGUUCUACUUUUACAGGUAAGGAAAUAGAUUAAAAAAGGUUAAGUGACUUGAAAUCCUUAGGGAUUUGAACUGGUUCAUUAAUUUCUACCCCAAAUAUACUGAAUCAGAAUCUACGUUUUAACAA